AAAAUAAUUAAAAGAUAAAUAAUAAAAAAUGGCGAAUGUAUUAUUUGUAUUGUUUGGGAAUUAAAAAUAUGGGCAAAAUGCUUAUUACUUUAUGUAUAGAAGCAAUAUUGUGAGGUAAAACUUAAUAUAGGAUAGUGACAUUUUGUUAAUUUUAAAACUCAAAAACUCAAUGCUUUGUGUUGUGAAAGAAUGAAUUCUCGUUAUAAUAAAAAACUGUGAUAGUAGAUACAAACACAUAAUGACGUCGGCACAGGAAUUUAACUGCAUUUUCUGCAAUAUAUCCUUCGACGAUAAGGAGGAAUUACAGAUACAUUUCAGAAAACACGGCGAUCCGAAGUUUAAUCAGACUGUGAAGAAUAGUAAGAACGAGAUGGCUUCCGAAAAAUCUGAGGAUGGUGAGGUUGUGAAUUGUGAUGUGUGUUCAGAUGUGUUCCCGACUAUAUCGAAAGCUAUAACUCACAAACACAAGAUGCACCCGGACCACGACGCUAAAUACUUCUGUCCGUGGUGUGGGAAGCUAUUUACGAUGAAGCAUCUGUACAAUAAACACAUACAGUCUAACCAUAAGUCUGAGGACCAAGAGCAGGCAGGGUUCCACUGUGACUACUGUGAGGUAGAUUUCUUUAUGCCCUCUGCCAUGGUGUACCAUAAUAAAUAUUUCCACCGGCAAGACACUGAACUAGCUGCUAUUGGACAUUCUAAGAAACUAAAGAUGUUUAAUCAGGAGAUGCUGCAAGUCUACUACUGCCCUUUUUGUGGAGAAGAAUAUUGCAACAAAGUCAAUCUGCAUAAGCAUAUGAGUGACGACCAUGGUGAUGAAAACCAGAGUCCCGAAGAUAUUCUCCGCUGCCCAUUAUGUGACGCCGUGUUUUAUCACCUUGAUGCAUAUGAAUUACAUCUCACGUUCCAUUCCAUCGAUGACUUGUAUAGUGAAGAUAAUGAAUUAGCAAAAGAAAUAACAGAAUUCUCUCUAGAAACAGUUCCUCCGACAAUGGAGAAAGUAGAAAAUGAAUCUCAGGAAGAAGACGCUGGAGGUUCUUUUGGAAUUGAAGAACUACUACAACAGGCUAUGAAUGAAUCUAAUGAUAAUGACAACACAAAUGAAGAAGUUAUUCGUGAAAAAAGGAAAAAGCACAAAAAACACAAGAAAUCCAAGAAAGCAGCAAUAACACUUGAUGAGUUUCUAACUAUGAAUAAAGAUGUGUUUGGUGAAGGCAUAGAUUUCCAAGGAAUAGAAGAAGUACCUUCGCAGAUUGUAGCUAAGCAACUAAACAGAAAUACAAAACAAAAACCUGGACCAAAGCCAUUACCAUCAGAACUGCAAAAACUGAGAAAACAAGGAAUUGUUGUUAAAAAGAACCCAGUAAAACAUCCUUCACAUUUGCAAGGAAUGAAGGUUACUAAUAAAAAAAUAAUUAUGAAUUACCCACAAAAUAUGAACAAAUCUACGCCAACAGUGCAAACUAAGUCUAAUGUGCCAAAUACAUCAAAUGAACUUUUGACUAAAUUAUUAAACCAGAAUAAUAGUCAAAUAAAGAUAGUUAGAAAACCAGCACAAACUAAAUUAAAUAAUGAAGAGUUGGCUACAGAAAAAGAUAGUUCUGAUAGUAAAAUAUCUGAGGCAGAUGAACAAAAGCAAGUUGAAACAUCUAACUCAAAGGAAAGUGCAGCUGACAGUAAUAAAAUCACUGGAGAUGAGAGCAAAGCUGCAGAAAAUGGAAAUGAAAUCAAGGAAUCUGUGGGCAAUAUAGUUUCAGAUUAUAAUAGCGAUGAACAAAAGUCAAAAGAGGAUGUACAAAAGUCUAAUUUAAAUGACUAUAAAGAAUCUAUACAAGAACAUGUCAAUGAAAAAGAUAGUUUUGAUGAUAGCAACCUAAAAGAGCGUGCUAACUUAGGUGAAAGUGAAAAACGAAACAGCAAUUCUGCUUUGCGCAAUAUUAGCCAAAAUAUAACCAUAAAAUCUGUACUUGAAUCAUGUGAUAGUAUUCCAACCGAUUCAAAACAACUACAGGUAAAACAUGUGCAAGACAGUGAAAAACCGUUAAAUGAUUCUGACUUAGAAGAUGAAAUUGCCAUUAAUAAGGGAAACGUAAAUACUAACGCAGCACAUAUUAAAAAUGAUUCGAAAAAUACCUCCUUAAACGCAUUGAAACAUUUGAGCCAUCUUAUUACGGUCAAACCUAUGUCCCCAUCAAAAAAUCUUACUCCUGCAUUUCAAGAUACAACUGAGCAAGCAACAGAUUUCGAUGAAGAUGGGCAUGAUGAAUAUUUUAAUGACGAAAGUGAUGUGGCCGAACAGGAAAUUAAUGAAGACAUCAUCAAAAAAUCAAGAAACCCUUCUGUAGAGAAAGAGUUAAAAUCAGAAAAUCAAAAUACAUAUUCGAAGCUUGAUGCUUUAAAAAGUUUAAGUAAACAUAUCACAAUCAAAUCUGUACCUCUAUCACCGAAUAAAAAUGCAGGCACUUCGCAAAUAUCUGGAAAUGUAAAUAAAGACAAUAAUUUUGAGGAGGAUAUUGAGUCUGAAGACGUUAAAAAUAAAAUUAAACAAAAUAGUUCAGUCAAUAUGAAAAAGCUUGCUAACUUCAAAAGUCCUGAAACAAAUAAUUCUUCGCCAAAUUUAACGAAUAAGGCACAAGUAUGUAAUCCAGUGCAAAAAAAUAAAGAAGUUAACAUGAGUAAUGGAAACACAAGUAAAACACUGUUAUCUGAAACAAUUUUAAAACAACUCCCUAAUAUCACUGCUAAGCCUGUAAAUGUAGGAAUUAAUACAAAACAACAAAUAAUGACUCCAACUGAAUCCAAGUCUGUGGAUUUACAAAAAGAUAAAAUAGUUCAAAAUAGCGUCAGGCAAAAGAAAAAAGAGGAAGAAAUGGAAAUAUUUAAUAUUGAUGAUUCUGAUGACGAUGAUACCGUUGCUCAAAACUCUUCUGCCACCCGGCAAAUUACUAAAACAGAAACUACGCCUACAAAUAAAACUCCUCUUAAAAAUGUUGAAAGUAAAAAUGUCACCGACAAAUCAAUGGAUUGUGUGUUGAAAAGUCUAAGCAAACAUAUAACUAUAAAACCCACAAACCAACCAAAAUCGCAUAAUGAAGAAAAAUUACAAGACGAUGAAAACUAUGACACUGACCAUCAAACUCAUAGUGAAUGUGAUAAUGUACAACAAACUGUUAAGAAAGCCACGGAAUCAGAGGUUCAAAACAAAUUAAAGAAUUUAAGUAAUAUCACAUUCAAAGGUAGCAACUCUUCAUUAAAAAUUUCAUCAUCACAUGACCUACAAAAUAUUGAAAAUAAUAAGCAUACAGACAAUUGUGAUAGUGAUUCAAACGGAUCCGAGAACGUAAAAAUAACAGAGCUUCCGGAAGACUACAGUGAUGACGACUUUCCCCAACAAAAAUCAGAGCCUGAUGAGAGUAAUUUAGACAAAAGUGUUACAGUUGAAGAGCCACAUGACUCGGAUAAUGAUAAUGUAACGCACAGUGAAGAUUAUGAUGAUAUUGAAGAUCAAAUUAAAUCAGCUACAUUAAAAAGGCCUAUGGAAGAUUCUAAUAAAACGCCUAUAUUUUUGAAUUCUUUAAAGAAUGUUACAAUAAAGUCUACGAAAGAAAACAAAGACGAUGACGAUAUACCUGAAGAUAUGGAAAAAUUAUAUCCUGUCAUUCCUAAUCAAAAUAAAGAACUUAGAAUAAAACCUUACCGUCAAGCAUCUUCUGUUUCUCAAGAUGAGAAUAGACAAGCAGCAACAGCGACCAAACAACAGGUGACUAAAAGCGUCGCGCGUGUUGUCAAUCAAAAUGCUUCCACAUCAUCCAACCAGGCAAAUGUCGUAAAUAAAGAAGUAACAGUUCAAAGGUUUCAAACUAAAACCGUUAUACAAGAAAUAACAACAACUGUCACAAAAACAAUAAGGACGGUGAAUCAAACUGUUAAGCAAGAAAUACGCAAUAUGAAUCAAAAUACCUCUAUUCCUGUAAGACCACAGAAAAUUCAGAAUAUUCGUCCUAAUCAAAAAAUUAGAAACUUUCAAGGUACUCCCGUUAGGACUGCGCCGCCGAUGAUGGGUCCUAGGAUUAGAAAUGCUGUUGGUCCAAGACCACUGAUAGGUGCCAAUAUUCGACCAUCUAAUCAAUUAGUGCCAGUAAGAGGUCUUAACGUAGCCAGACUUAGCAGACCGCGAAUGCCAGUCACAAAAAAUCCGGAAACCCAAUCCACAACUGGUUUACAUAGACCAGUCGUAGGAAAGCCGCUUAAAAUUUCUCCAAAUGCGAUGUUAACGUCUACAAUAAAAAGGCCUGGUGCCGAAGAAGCGAGUGGGCCGUUUAGUUGCUUUAAGAAACCGAAGGAAUCUCUCAUUCCGGGAUCCGAAAUAGCCGAUUCAAAUGUACAAUAUACGUCUUCACAAAUGAGCAAAUCUAACUUUGUCAGUACGACCAAAGUAAUGAAAGGUAACUCGAUGGUAACAUCCACACAAAUGAAGUCGGAAGCCAGUUCUAGUUGUGAACAGUUAACUAGACUUAGUGGUAUGUCUGGGUUGAAAGUUAUGAAGACUAGUCAGACGAAACAAGCUUCAAAGGUUGAGGAGAAAACUGAAAUAAGCGGGUCAAAACGAAGCACUCUCGAUGCCAUUGAGAGAUUACAGAAGCAAGGGCUUUUAGUAAAGAAGCCUCGUUUAGAUGAAAGUAACCAUAGUGAACAUUCUAAUUCUGAAAAUGAUGACUACUACGACACGUAGUAAAAAUACCGCAACUUUUCUUAUCCAAAAUGACUGAUUCCACAAUAUUUUCGUUUUUCAAUUUAUAUCUAUAAUUAUUCUUAGUUCCUGACAUUGUAAUUGAUAAUCAAUUAUUGUCAUAAGUAUACAAAUUUGUAUAAAAAUGUAUUUUGCUGUAUAAGAGAUAGCCUAAUUGUAAAUAAGUAAUGAUACUUACUGUAGGAUACAAAAUUGAAUUUUGUUAUUGAUGGAAAAAUAAUUUUCUUUUGCAGUUUGUUUCUCUAAUAUUUAAUACUUUAUUAAAUAUAUCAUUUAAUUUGCAAA